AUGGAGCGAUUCUUACGGCUUGGUAGUCUCAGUUCUCUCAGCUUUGGAAAUAACAAUCCAGUGGACAGCAACCAGGUUGAUACAUCGGAAACAGUCUACAUUUCGUCUUUGGCUUUACUUAAAAUGCUAAAACAUGGCCGUGCUGGUGUACCUAUGGAGGUUAUGGGUUUGAUGCUUGGCGAAUUUGUGGAUGAGUAUACUGUGAACGUCAUAGAUGUAUUUGCGAUGCCGCAAUCAGGCACAGGAGUGUCUGUAGAAGCUGUAGAUCCGGUGUUUCAAGCUAAAAUGUUAGAUAUGUUAAGACAGACAGGCCGACCAGAAAUGGUUGUUGGAUGGUAUCAUUCACACCCAGGAUUUGGGUGUUGGUUAUCAGGUGUAGACAUUAAUACUCAGCAGAGUUUUGAAGCUCUUUCUGAAAGAGCAGUUGCUGUAGUGAUCGACCCCAUUCAGUCCGUCAAAGGAAAAGUUGUAAUAGAUGCAUUUCGAACAAUUAAUCCGCAGUCAAUGGCGUUAAAUCAAGAACCACGUCAAACUACAUCGAAUCUUGGUCAUUUGCAAAAACCGUCUAUUCAGGCACUAAUUCACGGUCUUAAUCGACAUUACUACUCGAUUCCUAUCAACUAUCGGACUCAUGAACUUGAGCAAAAAAUGCUGCUGAAUCUAAACAAACAAACAUGGAUGGAUUCUCUUGGCUUGGAACAUUUCUCUGACCAUUGUCAGAAAAAUCAAGCAUCUAUGGAUAAAAUGUUAAAAUUAGCGAAGCUUUAUCGAAAGGAGCAAGAAAAAAUGACUGAAGAGCAGCUUGCAAUUAAAAAUGUUGGGAAACAAGAUCCAAAGAGGCAUUUGGGUGAAACGGUGAAUGAAAUGCUUGCUGACAAUAUUGUUCAAAGUUUAGCAUCGAUGCUAGAUACAUCAUCCUUCCAAUGA